AUGUUCUUCUGUGAGAAGCGAAUCCACAGAGGCCCGCAGCAGAGAAGUUCGACCCAUUUGACCACCAGUUCAGGAAGAGGGCAUCAAAGCAGGUUCCACCAUCCGAAGACCUCCAGCCCCUCAGACAACUGCAGCUUUGACACGCUUUCCCUUCCACCAGGUACCGGUAAUGUCAUGGGGGUGCAUCUUCAUUAUUCUGACACACACCCAGUUGCUAGUAGGUGCUUGUACUUGGCAACGCACCCGCCUAGCACCAUCGUUAAUGCUCGCAGCAAGACAAUAGCACCAUUUCGCAAGAUGCUACUUGCAUCGCUCUAUGCACUUUGCAGUCAUUCGAAUGGACCUUACUGA